GGGACACCGGAAGUGAACGUCAUCGACGCACGAACGGGCCAAAACAAGCAGCGCCAGCGCAGAGUGACAGUUGUUUCUUGAGAAGAAGAUGUCGUUGCGUGUUUUAUCCGAUCUUCUGGGAUGAUCUGUGUCUUCAGAGGUCGUUUCGAGCCAUCGAAGAGGCUGUCGUGUUGCUAAAUGGAGUCGGAGCAGUUGUUCAACAGAGGCUUGGGCAGGAACAGCUACAACAGCAUCACCAGCGCCAGCAGCGACGAGGAGCUCCUCGAUGGAGCCGGCGUCAUCAUGGACUUCCACACCACCGAAGACGACAACCUGCUGGACGGGGACGCGUCUCCAGGGUCGAACUACGCCAUGUCUAAUGGAGGGGGCGGAGCUGGGGCCAGUAGCUCCACCCACCUGCUGGAUCUGCUGGAGGAGCCCAUUCCAGGUGUGGGAACCUACGACGACUUCCACACCAUCGACUGGGUCCGAGAGAAGUGCAAAGACCGAGAGCGACACCGCAAGAUAAACAGUAAAAAGAAGGAAUCAGCGUGGGAAUUCACCAAGAGUCUGUAUGACGCCUGGUCCGGGUGGCUAGUGGUCACGCUAACAGGACUAGCAUCAGGAGCGUUAGCUGGAGUGAUCGACAUCGCGGCCGACUGGCUGAACGAUCUGAAGGAGGGCGUGUGUCUCAGUGCCAUGUGGUUUAAUCAUGAGCAGUGCUGCUGGGACUCCAACGAGACCACCUUCGCCGAGAGAGACAAGUGUCCUCAGUGGAAGACGUGGGCCGAGCUCAUUCUGGGUCAGGCCGAGGGUCCAGGCUCCUAUAUAAUGAACUACUUCAUGUUCACGUUUUGGGCGCUGUCCUUCGCCUUCCUGGCCGUGUCUCUGGUGAAGGUGUUUGCGCCGUACGCCUGCGGCUCUGGAAUACCUGAGAUCAAAACCAUCCUGAGCGGCUUCAUCAUCCGAGGGUAUCUGGGCAAGUGGACGCUGAUGAUAAAGACCAUCACUCUGGUUCUGGCCGUGGCGUCGGGCCUCAGUCUGGGGAAGGAAGGUCCUCUGGUCCACGUGGCCUGCUGCUGCGGAAACAUCUUUUCCUACCUCUUCCCCAAAUACAGCAAAAACGAGGCCAAGAAAAGAGAGGUUUUGUCGGCGGCGUCGGCUGCUGGUGUGUCUGUGGCUUUCGGGGCUCCUAUAGGAGGAGUUCUGUUCAGUCUGGAGGAGGUGAGUUAUUACUUCCCUCUGAAGACUCUGUGGCGCUCGUUCUUCGCGGCUCUGGUGGCGGCGUUCGUGCUGCGCUCCAUCAACCCAUUCGGAAACAGUCGUCUGGUACUGUUUUACGUGGAGUACCACACGCCCUGGUACCUGUUCGAGCUCUUCCCCUUCAUCCUGCUGGGGGUGUUCGGAGGCCUGUGGGGGGCCUUCUUCAUCCGGGCCAACAUCGCCUGGUGCCGCCGCCGCAAGUCCACACGCUUCGGUAGGUAUCCGGUGUUGGAGGUGAUCACGGUCGCUGCCAUCACGGCCAUCGUGGCGUUCCCGAACCCGUACACACGGCAGAACACCAGCGAGCUGAUCAAAGAGCUGUUCACGGACUGCGGCCCGCUGGAGUCGUCUCAGCUCUGCCAGUACCGCAGCCAGAUGAACGGUAGUCAGGCGUACCCCGCGGGAUCGGAUGCCGCCGCCACCCCCGGAGUCUACUCGGCCAUGUGGCAGCUCAGCCUGGCGCUCAUUUUCAAAAUCAUCAUGACCAUCUUCACCUUUGGACUCAAGGUGCCGUCGGGUCUGUUCAUCCCCAGUAUGGCCAUCGGGGCGAUCGCGGGGCGUAUCGUGGGCAUCGCUGUGGAGCAGCUGGCGUAUUAUCAUCACGACUGGUUUCUGUUCAGAGAGUGGUGUGAGGUGGGCGCCGACUGCAUCACGCCGGGACUCUAUGCCAUGGUGGGCGCCGCGGCCUGUCUGGGCGGCGUGACGCGGAUGACGGUGUCUCUGGUGGUCAUCGUGUUCGAGCUGACCGGUGGGCUGGAGUACAUCGUUCCUCUCAUGGCGGCAGUGAUGACCAGCAAAUGGGUCGGCGAUGCUUUCGGGAGGGAGGGGAUCUACGAAGCCCACAUCCGUCUGAACGGUUACCCCUUCCUGGACGCUAAGGAAGAGUUCACGCACACCACACUUGCGCGGGAAGUGAUGCGUCCGCGGCGUAAUGACCCACCGCUGGCUGUGCUGACGCAGGACGACAUGACGCUCGCCGAGCUGCAGAACAUCAUCUCCCAAACCAGCUGCAACGGCUUCCCCGUCAUCGUCUCCAAAGAGUCGCAGAGACUGGUGGGAUUCGCGCUGCGCAGGGAUAUAACCAUCGCUAUAGAAAACACUCGGCGUAAGCAGGAGGGAAUAAUGCUGAACUCGCGGGUGUAUUUUACCCAGCAUGCCCCGACCCUCCCAGCCGACAGCCCUCGGCCGCUGAAGCUGCGCAGCAUCCUGGACAUGAGCCCCUUCACCGUCACCGACCACACGCCCAUGGAGAUCGUGGUGGACAUCUUCCGCAAGCUCGGCCUGCGCCAGUGCCUCGUGACGCACAACGGGAUUUUAUUGGGCAUCAUCACAAAGAAGAAUAUUUUAGAGCAUCUGGAAGAGCUCAAGCAGCACGUGGAGCCCUUGGCGCCUCCUUGGUAUUAUUACAAAAAAAGAUAUCCUUCGUCAUAUGGCCCAGAUGGCAAACCAAGACCCAGAGUCCAUAAUGUUCAACUAGCAUCCUCCUCUUCCCGCUACGAGGAAGAUGAGAGUGAAGAGGAGGUCCGUUUACUGGACAGCUCAUCCCUCUGACCACACGCCCCUAUGGUACCCUAAAACGCCCAAGUACAAAACUAAAAACACUACACCAGAUGGGACCCCACCCACAUCCUCUGGAUACUUGCACAAGCCUCCAAAACGAGUCUUUCGAGGCAGAACCUGGUUGCUUGAAAAACUUAAGAGUUUUGGGAGAAGCUCGAGUCUUGGACGCCCCAAAAGAAGGAACUUUCUCCAAACGCUAACACGCUAAACUAACUCACACGCGCAUGCAAAAACACCCAAGACACCUCACGGGACCUGCUUGUUUGACCUCUUAGCCUCAAGCCUGAGAAAAUGCAUCCUAGAGAGGUGAAAGGUCAAGAUGAACCGCUGGAAACAAAGCGAGGAGGGACCCUUCGCCGCAGACCGCCAUGACCCUCACUGCCCCACCACAUCCCAAAAUGGACUCUAUAACCUUCUAUACUUGUGUGUGUGUGUGUGAGAGAUACAAGGAAGACGGUGAAUGAGAUCGUGUCAAACGCGCCCCAACAUUCCAGUCGGGAUCUGAUGCUGUGAAGCCGAAGAAAUGUUGAAAAGUGUACCGUAGGUAAUGGAUACAUUGCCCGUGCAAGUGAUUUUUGUGAAUGAUCCAUAAGGAUCAAGUAUUCAGCACUGCGAAAAGAUCAAGCGUACAAGCGUGGGUUUUGUGCUACCUAGUGAAAGUAUGUUGGGAGGAGAACAGGGUGUACAUCGUCUUAACUAAUAUUCUUCAAUCUCAACACUACGACGGCCAGUCUUAACCGCAGUGGGAUUGUAGGUAACGAGCCAGGUCUCUGGGUGCCCACACUUUAUGAAGUUUUGUGCUUUUCGUUACUAGGAAUGAAAAACCAAGACGCUGUUAUUUUUCAGCUGCUAUCUUGGCUAUUAUAUUUAAAUGUACUAAGCAACUCAUAGUUUGAAAAUCAAAAAAUGUGACUUGACUGACUUUUUUUUUUUACUUUACAAACAAGAAUUAAUGUUCAACCUGGUGAAUGUUGGCUCCAGUGCAGUUUAAAUUUGCCUCUCUCAUUCUCUUGUAUGCUCUCAUUUCGUCCCAUGUGAUGUAACCCAUGUGUCUACUGCUGUUCAUCCUCGUCUGAAUAAUCAAAUGUUUGAUUGCCCUGAAAUCUUACAUUAAACAUCUCAAAUUGUGUUUCCGCA